ACAAGGGAUGCUGUGAUGAAGGCGCAACAAAAACUCGAUCUAGGUGCUCGCCGCUGCCUGUAUAUAUUGCAGGCGAAGCACGACAGAAUCACAGUCAGCUUCUGCAUCGACUCCACACUCACCAUGAACGCCAAGAUCGCCAUCCUCCUCGCCCUCGUGGCCGUGGUCGCCGCCGACAGCGACGAGUUCAGAGGCUACGGCGCGCCCAGGAGGUCCUCCGAGGAGUCCUACGAGUCCUCCGAGGCCCAGUACAACUUCCAGUGGUCCGUGGACCACGACCCCUCCAGCAACGAGUACGGCCACCAGGAGGCCCGCGACGGUGACAACACCAAGGGCUCCUACUACGUGGAGCUUCCCGACGGUCGCGUCCAGAACGUUGCUUACCAGGUCAACGGCGGCUCCGGCUACCUCGCCGACGUCACCUACACCGGCUCCGCUGAGUCCUUCGAGUCCGACGAGUCCAACGAGUCCUUCCGUUACUACGGAUCCAACGAGUCCAAGUAAACUGCAUCACUCAAGUCAUCUCGGCCACCACAUCCUCGCCACUCCAGACACUCCCCACGUCACGCUGAAUACUUGUCUAUUCACCUGUUUAUUUAUUUAUUUAUCAUGAUUAUUUAUUAAAAUCGCCAUACAUUG